AUGCGAGAUAAAGAAAGACCUGGGAAUCCGGACAACUGACGGUUGGCGGAUUGAGUGCUACGCACCAGCACAUCUGUGCAUUAUGUUUCUAGAUGCAUCCAAUUGACACCUGGUAACAAAUUAUACCCUUACAAAACUCACCUCGCCCACCCCGGCCAUGGGAGGGUUUACAGACAUUGCUCGACAUUUCGGCCUGAAGGCCGUAUACGUUUUGGUGGCCUGGGGAGUAAGUCGCGUGCUGGACUCUGGACGUAAGCGUCUUUUGCUGCGUAAGGCGCGGACGGCUCGGCCCCAACCCGUCGAAUCCCGGCCUGCCCCCAAGCCCCCCGCACGCUACAAGAUCUACCACAACCCACAACGCGACUUCCAACCCAGCAACCCAGGCUGGCUAGUCAGCGCUGCUCGAGUUGACCCCUGGGAGCUGCUGAGCGACCCCUCCUGGCAGUGCCCGCUGCUGGUGGGCUUCCAGGCCCAGCUGGCGGGUCAGGGCUGGAGCCAGCAACAACACCCGCAACCGCAGCACCCACAGCAGCAACAGCUGCAGCAACCGCCGUCAGGGGCUGAUGGCUGCGCGGCCGUCGCUGCUGCUGCUGCUGAUGUUUGUCUGGAGGGAGGAGGAGGCGGAGGAGGCGGAGCAGGACUGGGAGGUGGAGUAGGUGGAGGUCCUCCUCCUCCGCUGCUGCUGCUGCCCCCCUUCGGCUCCCCCGCCCGCCAGCAGCUGUUCGCACUGGACCCUCGGGUGACCCACCUGAACCACGGCAGCUACGGAGCGGCGUUCAGGUUGUCCCUGGAGGUCCAGUCCUGGUACCGGCAGCAGAUGGAGGGACAGCCGGUGCGAUUCAUGGAGACGGUGGCGGUGCGGGGUCUGGUGGCGGCGGUUGCUGACGCGGCUCGCUUCAUCGGCGCCGCCCCGCGGGAUGUCGUACCGGUGGUCAACGCCACGUCAGCGGUGAACGCCGUACUGCGCUCCGUGCCGCUGAGGCGGGGGGACUGGGUGCUCAUGUUCAAUACCACCUACUCAGCGGUCAGGAGCAGCAUCGCUCGCGUUGCGGCGGCAGCGGGAGCCAGCAUCCUGGAGGUGCAGCUGGGCUUGGCGGAGUUCCAGCGGCCCGACACCAUUGUGGCGGCCGUGCAGUCCUCGCUGCAAGCAGUGGGCGGGCGGAGGCGGGUGCGGCUAGCGGUGCUAGACCACGUGGUGUCAUUCCCGCCCAUUGUGAUGCCGGUACGGCAGCUGGCAGCGCUGUGUAAACAGGUGUGUUAAGAAAACUG